AUGCUUAUAGAUUCUGGCUGCAAGCACAAUCUAAUAACGGACCAAACCUGGAAUAAAUUGAAGAAGAAUAAGGUACAAGUUUGCAAUCAAGAGGCGAAUCCUGCUAAAACUUUUGUGGCUUAUGGGAGUGCGACACCACUCAAGCUUAUGGGAGCAUUUGAUGCUGAUAUCAAAUUAGCCGGAACAUCACUGAAUACGACAUUUUAUGUGAUUAAAAAUGGUACACGGGAUUUGCUGGGCCGUGUAACAGCGACUUCGCUAGGUGUACUCCAGAUCAAUGUUAAUUGCAAUCAGAUUGAGGUUGAGGCCUUUCCAAAAUUCAAAGACGUUUUAGUCACCAUUCCGAUUGACGAAACAGUGAAGCCAGUUAUCCAGCCGUACCGGAGGAUCCCCAUCCCUUUAGAAGAAAAAGUAGAAAUGAAACUAAAUGAAUUGCUAAAAAAAGACAUAAUAGAAGUGGUCAAAGGUCCUUCUAACUGGAUCUCACCCAUAGUUCCGGUGCUAAAGGAGACUGGAGAAAUCCGACUAUGUGUUGAUAUGCGUCGCGCAAAUGCUGCUAUCCAACGUGAGAACCACCCAUUACCGACUAUGGAUGAACUUUUACCAAAAGUGAGAGACGCUAAAAUAUUCAGCAAGCUAGAUAUAAAAGAUGCGUUCCAUCACAUAGAGCUACAUCCAGACUCAAGGCAUAUUACAACUUUCAUAACAAGCAAAGGGUUAUUUCGGUACAAAAGAAUGAUGUUUGGCAUCUCGUGUGCCCCAGAAAUUUUCCAAAAAACCCUCGAACGAAUCCUGUUAUGCUGUGAAGGUGUAAUUAAUUUCAUCGAUGAUAUUCUGAUAUUCGCAAAGAACCUAGAUGAACAUGAUCUAAGACUAAAAAAAGUCAUAGUGGUGCUAGAGGAUCACCAAGUGAUGCUCAGAGAUGAAAAAUGUAUCUUCAGAGUCAAGAAAGUCCACUUUCUCGGUCAUGAGCUGUCAGAAAAUGGCGUUAGACCACUUGAUAAGUAUAUCUCAGCAAUAAAAGAAUUCAGAGCUCCUACGAAUAUUUCUGAAUUGCAAAGUUUUAUGGGUUUAGUUAACUAUGUAGGAAAAUGGAUCCCACAUUUGGCAACAACAACUGAACCACUCAUAGGACUACUACGCAAAAGAACGGGGAGAAACACUGACAUACAAGAUGAUUGGAAAGAACCACAGAAGAAAGCUUUUGAUGACCUUAAAGUGGCACUCAUGAAGGUACCAAAUUUAGGUUACUACAACCCCCAUGACAAGACAGUAGUGAUCGCAGAUGCGAGUCCAGUGGGGUUGGGUGCGGUACUCGUGCAAAUUAACAACAAUGGACCUAGAAUCAUCGCCUUUGGUAAUAAAACCCUAAGCAGCUGUGAACGUCGUUAUUGUCAGACAGAAAAAGAGGCUCUGGCAUUAGUAUGGGCGGUGGAACAUUUUAACAUGUUUCUUUAUGGCAAAGACUUUGAACUUAUAACUGACCACAAGCCACUGGAAGUGAUCUUUGGGGAAAAAGCAAAACCAUGCGCCCGCAUCGAAAGGUGGGUGUUGAGAUUACAAUCUUAUAACUUUAAGGUGAAUUAUAGGCCUGGAAAAACAAAAAUAGCAGACCCCUUGUCUAGGCUGUGUAAAAUAGCGACAAAACCAAAGGCUAUAUUUGAAGAUCAUGUGCAAGCAGUUACCGAAUCUGCGCGGCCUGUAGCCAUUCCAUUGCAGGAAAUUACUGAGAAUUCCCUCAAAGACCCAGAAAUCCAGAAGGUAAAGGAGGGACUGUACAAGGACAACUGGGAUGACAAUAUUAAAGGUUACAAAAUUUUUCAAAAUGAAUUAUGCUUCAAUGGUGACGUCCUUCUCAGAGGAACAAAAAUUGUGAUACCAACUAACCUACGUCAAAGAGUUUUGGAAGCCGCGCACGAAGGCCAUCCCGGCAUAGUCGCUAUGAAGGGCAGAUUACGAACUAAAGUAUGGUGGCCCAAAUGUGAUAAAGAUGCUGAAAAUAUCUGCAAAGCUUGCAAAGGAUGCAUCCUGGUCUCAGCUCCCAGCCCCCCGAACCCUUUGAAAAGAAGGGAUCUGCCAUCCGAACCAUGGGUUGAUAUAGCAAUCGAUCUUAUGGGCCCGUUGCCAAGUGGUGAUUAUAUCCUGGUGGUGGUAGAUUAUUACAGCAGGUACAAAGAAGUGAAAAUAUGCAGAACCAUAACAAGCGCUGAAAUGAUUGGACUGCUGAAGGAUAUUUUCAGUAGACUUGGUAAUCAUGUUUCCAUUACCGCUGAUAAUGGAAGACAAUUCUGUAGCGAGGAUUUCAAGAGUUUUUGCCUAGAGAGGAACAUUAAACUCUAUAAUACUAUACCCUACUGUCCUCAACAGAAUGGCGAAGUUGAGCGUCAAAACAGGGACAUCCUGAAACGGCUUAAGAUUUCCCAAGUGGAGAAAAAGAACUGGAAAGAGGCACUUCGUGAGUAUAUGAUCAUGUACAACAGUACACCUCACACAGUUACAGGGAAAACACCCUCAGAAUUGUUUUUCCGGCGACAAUUUCGGGACAAGCUGCCAAUGAUCCAGGAUAUAUAUUAUAACUCAGAGGAUUUAGAGAUGAGGGAUAGAGAUAAGGAACAGAAGGAAAAAGGAAAGGAAUAUGCCGAUAAGAAGAGAAAGGCUACAAACUGUGAAUUGGAGAUAGGAGACAAAGUAUACGUGAAGAGUAUGACAAAACAGAAUAAAUUCAGCUUAAACUAUGAACCUGAUACCCACACGGUGGAGGCAAAUAAAGGAGGGGACAUCAGUCUUCGUAAUGACGAAACUGGCCAACAAAUAAGGCGGAACAUAGUACACUUAAAACGAGUUGAAGGACAAUGGAAGGCGAUACAAAAUGAGAAUGAUACGGAUGAAACUGAACGUAAUGAAGAACAACCAAAUGUUGAUUAA